GAGUGGGCGGGAUAAAGAGUGCGUGACUCUUUGUUCCCAGUCCAAGAUGGCUGCGUCCAUGGCUCGGCGUUUGUGGCCUUUGUUGGCUCGUCGAGGGCUUCGGCCCCAGGGAAACUGUGUCUCCAGCCAGAACCCAAGGAGGAGUUUCGCUGCAGAGAAACCAGACCGGAACCUCCUGUACGAGCACGCGCGCGAGGGCUACAGCGCUCUCCCUCAGUUGGAUAUGGAGCCUCUGUGCGCAUGCCCAGAAGAGGUCGCGCGUGCCCUGGACCUCCGCAAGGGGGAGCUGCGGCCGGCUGACCUGCCCGCGAUCAUUGCAGUGUGGCAGGAGCUGAGGCAGCUGCGAGAGCAGAUCCGGAGCCUGGAGGCAGAGAAGGAGGCUGUGACAGAGGCCGUGCGGGCCCUGCUGGUGAGCAUGGGCCUGAGCAGGUGGGGAGCAGCAGUGAGGGUCCCUCCCACUUCCUUCCCCUCUCACCCCUCUGCUUUCCACCCACAUCCAGCUUUCUCCUUCCAACCCCGGGGCCACCUGGAAAUUGGCGAGAAGCUCGACAUCAUCCGUCAGAAGCGCCUGUCCCACGUGUCCGGCCACCGCUCCUAUUACCUCCGCGGGGCAGGGGCCCUUCUGCAGCACGGUCUGGUCAACUUCACCCUCAGCAAGCUGGUCCGCCGGGGCUUCACCCCCAUGACGGUGCCAGACCUUCUCCGAGGAGCCGUGUUCGAAGGCUGUGGGAUGACGCCAAAUGCCACCCCGUCCCAAAUUUACAACAUUGACCCCUCCCGCUUCGAAGACCUCAACUUGGCUGGCACGGCCGAGGUCGGGCUCGCAGGUUACUUCAUGGACCACACUGUGGCUGUCAGGGACCUGCCAGUCAGGAUGGUCUGUUCCAGCACCUGUUACCGGGCCGAGACGGACACGGCCAAGGAGCCCCGGGGGCUGUACCGCGUGCACCACUUCACCAAGGUGGAGAUGUUUGGAGUGACAGGCCCCGGGCUGGAGCAGAGCUCGCAGCUGCUGGAGGACUUCCUGUCCCUUCAGGUGGAGAUCUUGACGGAGCUGGGCCUGCACUUCCGGUGCGGAGAGGGACACUUCUGGGGGGUGAACGCCACGGCCUGCGCGGUGCCACGCCUCCUCAUCGCUCUCCUGGAGAGCAACCAGCAGAAGGACGGCUCCGUCCUCGUGCCCCCUGCGCUCCAGCCCUACCUCGGCACCGAUCGCAUCACGGCCCCCACCCACGUGCCUCUCCAGUACAUUGGUCCCAACCAACCCCGGAAGCCCAGAGACCCUGGCCAGGCGGCCUCCAGCUGA